AUGAAGCUCGUCCUGCUAUAUCUCGGCCUAAUUCUCCUAAACGACAUCGAAGUUAGUCAACAGCUACCCAGAAAAAGAAGAAACUACGACAAGCUGCCAAAUCGACGUAUAACAAAGGAUCAAAAUCACCAGCAGCAUUCAUCAGCUGACAUAGCAACAGACGCAACAAUUCCUACUAAUGGCCUCUUAACUUCGACUAACAUCACAUCAACAUCGUCAUCAGCGGAUCCCACACUUGACGAGGUCUCAACGACGGACGUGACCACUUCUACUGCUACCGAUCAGUCAGCUUCGAGUACUGAUCCCACAUCAACAUCAGCGGAUCCCACACUUAGCGGGAUCUCAACGACAGAGGCGACCACUUCUACUGCUACCGAUCAGUCAGCUUCGAGUAGUGACCCCACAUCGUCAUCAGCCGAUCCCACACUUGACGGGAUCUCAACGACGGACGUGACCACUUCUACUGCUACCGAUCAGUCAGCUUCGAGUACUGACCCCACAUCGUCAUCAGCGGAUCCCACACUUAGCGGGAUCUCAACGACAGAGGCGACCACUUCUACUGCUACCGAUCAGUCAGCCUCGAGUACUGAUCCCACAUCGUCAUCAGCGGAUCCCACACUUGACGGGAUCUCAACGACGGACGUGACCACUUCUACUGCUACCGAUCACGGGAUCUCAACGACGGACGUGACCACUUCUACUGCUACCGAUCAGUCAGCUUCGAGUACUGACCCCACAUCGUCAUCAGCGGAUCCCACACUUGGCGGGAUCUCAACGACGGACGUGACCACUUCUACUGCUACCGAUCAGUCAGCUUCGAGUACUGAUCCCACAUCAACAUCAGCGGAUCCCACACUUAGCGGGAUUUCAACGACAGGGGCGACCACUUCUACUGCUACCGAUCAGUCAGCCUCGAGUACUGAUCCCACAUCGUCAUCAGCGGAUCCCACACUUGACGAGGUCUCAACGACGGACGUGACCACUUCUACUGCUACCGAUCAGUCAGCUUCGAGUACUGAUCCCACAUCAACAUCAGCGGAUCCCACACUUAGCGGGAUCUCAACGACAGAGGCGACCACUUCUACUGCUACCGAUCAGUCAGCUUCGAGUACUGAUCCCACAUCGUCAUCAGCGGAUCCCACACUUGGUGGGAUCUCAACGACGGACGUGACCACUUCUACUGCUACCGAUCAGUCACCUUCGAGUACUGAUCCCACAUCGUCAUCAGCGGAUCCCACACUUAGCGGGAUCUCAACGACAGAGGCGACCACUUCUACUGCUACCGAUCAGUCAGCUUCGAGUACUGAUCCCACAUCGUCAUCAGCGGAUCCCACACUUGACGGGAUCUCAACGACGGACGUGACCACUUCUACUGCUACCGAUCAGUCAGCUUCGAGUACUGAUCCCACACAUCGUCAUCAACAUCAGCGGAUCCCACACUUAGCGGGAUCUCAACGACAGAGGCGACCACUUCUACUGCUACCGAUCAGUCAGCUUCGAGUAGUGACCCCACAUCGUCAUCAGCGGAUCCCACACUUGACGAGGAUCUCAACGACAGAGGCGACCACUUCUACUGCUACCGAUCAGUCAGCUUCGAGUACUGAUCCCACAUCGUCAUCAGCGGAUCCCACACUUAGCGGGAUCUCAACGACAGAGGCGACCACUUCUACUGCUACCGAUCAGUCAGCUUCGAGUACUGAUCCCACAUCGUCAUCAGCGGAUCCCACACUUGGCGGGAUCUCAACGACGGACGUGACCACUUCUACUGCUACCGAUCAGUCAGCUUCGAGUACUGAUCCCACAUCAACAUCAGCGGAUCCCACACUUAGCGGGAUCUCAACGACAGAGGCGACCACUUCUACUGCUACCGAUCAGUCAGCUUCGAGUAGUGACCCCACAUCGUCAUCAGCGGAUCCCACACUUGACGGGAUCUCAACGACGGACGUGACCACUUCUACUGCUACCGAUCAGUCAGCUUCGAGUACUGACCCCACAUCGUCAUCAGCGGAUCCCACACUUGACGGGAUCUCAACGACGGACGUGACCACUUCUACUGCUACCGAUCAGUCAGCUUCGAGUACUGACCCCACAUCGUCAUCAGCGGAUCCCACACUUGACGGGAUCUCAACGACGGACGUGACCACUUCUACUGCUACCGAUCAGUCAGCUUCGAGUACUGAUCCCACAUCAACAUCAGCGGAUCCCACACUUAGCGGGAUUUCAACGACAGAGGCGACCACUUCUACUGCUACCGAUCAGUCAGCUUCGAGUACUGAUCCCACAUCAACAUCGUCAUCAGCGGAUCCCACACUUGGCGGGAUCUCAACGACGGACGUGACCACUUCUAUCACUUUUGCGGAGUCAUCACAGACUGCUACUUCAACGUCGAAAUCAACCUCUACACCUCGUAAUGAAGGAUUCACUCUGCUAGCAAAUUCUUCCAUAAUGACCACCGCUGGGUGGAAAACCACACCGAUAUCUUCCAAGAUUAAGCAGAACAAGACGGAUAUAUCAGGUGCAAAAAGUCAGUUUUUUUCUUGGAGUGGAAUGCUUCAUAUAAGUUUAGUUGUUUAUCUUCUGCUCGAAUAUAUGAUAUGA